CAAAUUACCAUGAAUGGUCAACAAAGUCAACUAAAUUUAUAUUUGAUUGCAUCCAAUUUGUAUAGCUGAUAGUUGAUUAUGAUGGCCUCACCGACAUUUCAAAAGAAUGGUGCAUAUGCUGGAAAUGUCAGUAAUCCUCAUGCACCAAGGAAGCCAGUGCCUACUCUUGUAUUCCGACAGAAGUCAUCACGGCCCCUCUUGCUGAACAGUCAGUCCUUAGCUUCUAAUUUUAAAGCUGUUACAUCAGGAGAUAGAUCUUCAGCUAACAGGUUCAAAAACAUGUCGUCGAGAAACGUGCCGGUGAAAAGUCAGUAUGCAUCAGCUGUGGCGACGCAGCCAGUUGUUCACACGGAUUCUGCUUCCUACACACCACUUGCUCAGUACUUCACAUUCACCGGGCGUCUCAACCCAGUAAGAGAUGGCAAAUCAGGGAAAGAGUUGGAAGGGGGGACAAAUGACGUCAUCAAUAAGUUGGAGAGUGUUUCCUACAAGCUGAAGUUGAAUCAGGAUUUACAGAAUGGUGAUGCACACAGAGACGAGCACUCAAAGGAUGUCAACGUUGAAGAAGAUCUAAAAAACCAUACAAAUGGCUUCAUAGAAGAGACUGAUACACAGAAGACAAUCAAAAGCGAAGAGCAGCAGUGUUUCCAUUACUUUGAGCCCCAUUUACAUGCAGGGAAAAACAACAAGUACGGCAGAACAGAAGAAACUCAGCCGAGAAUUGGAGGGGCAAAUGAGAACGGGGUGGUGGAGUUUGUAGAAUGGGACAGCAGAUAUGCAGGGGGUGACAAUCAGCUGCUAAAGGUCGGCAAAGGUCAACGACCCCAGAGUGCGGCAGUGUCAUACGCUCUACAUCGACAGACUCCAGCGAAGCCUGAUCCUCCAAAACGACCAAGCAGCAGCUGCAGUUCAGCCAUGAAGACGAAACCAGUUGCUGCUGUUGUGAACUCUUCGCCCAACCCCUUUCUUCGACCAGUGCCAAUCAUGCCCCCUCCUAGUUCACACGACGGGGUCUUCUCCAGCCACUCAACAGAAUCGAGUGUUGCUGCUGGCCAGAAUGGAACAACGAAAGUACAAAAUGGCACUUUGAAGUCUUCAAACUUCGCCAGAGGAGUUUCAGUGUUCAACAGUCGAGCCGCCAUGGUACAACCCCAACCAAGGCCGCCCAGGUACAACAGCUCCGGAACAGGACAGACCUCGACAGCCAAUCAGAAUCAACAGCCAGUGAGCGAUCACAAUCAUACAACGAAUACACUUAAUUUGACUUCGUCGACGACAGAUUUGAGCCGAAUAGCCGGCGAGAAGGUCUCAUAUCUGCAGAGAAUCAAUUCUGGCAGUGCGCACAUGAGACUACAACAACAACAGCAGCAGCAGCAGAACUUGAACAACAGCAGUGCUACUGGUGGUCAGUCAGUGGAUUCUACCAAACAGACUGACGCUUCCACGAACCACAGGAUGGGUGCCAAACAGCAUUUCGUAGUGCAGAAAGACAAUAGAUGGGAGGUUGUGGCUGAUAGUUCCACCUUAGCCGACAGCUCACUAGACCGAAGCAGUCUACAAUUAAACCAAAACCACAGUCAGAAUACUAAUGCUAACCAUAAUAAACCACAACAACCUCUGCCGACGGCCCCCUCUCAGACAGAUAAGCCAGUUCAACCAGUGAGACCCAUGCUCAGAACAGACCACGUCUCGCACAAUCAGAACACGAGUCAAAGCGAUCACAAAAGCCCACAAGUGAAGACGAAAGACUCGAAUAAUAGUUAUAAUAAUAGUCAUAAUAACAAUGCAGUGGUAGUGAAGGUGAUGAAAAAACAGUCAGUUGGCAAUAGUGAGAGUCACAAUUCACAGAAGAUGUCGGCCAAAAGAGAACAUAGUGAUAAAAUGGGUGGUGGAAAUGUAGCGAAUAAGCGCUCCAGCUCAUCAGAGAGUCAGAACACGAACAGUUUGGGAGGCCCCAACACGCGUAGCAAUACAAGAGCAAAACUUACCUCUAGAAAUCAGUCGGUAAAUCGCAAAUCAACAACUCAAUCAUCUGCAAGUGGGAACACAAGUAAACAGCAGAGCAACGUGACGAAUGGUGGUGAAGUGAGAAGGGGAAAACAUCAGAGACUACCUCUGGCCGACUUGGAACAGAUGCACAAUCAGACAGAUGAGACAGACGUGAACAACAACAGUGUGAUGAUAGCUCCCAUGGGCAAGGAUAGAUUGUCAAGACCGGAUCUGAAGUCGAAUGGGAGAGGUUUCUCCCGAGCGAGGAGUUCUACAAGAGAGAACAGCAGGGCAGAUGACAGCAUCAACAGAGACCGAGACAACUCCUCCUCUCUUGUGCCUGCCGCUGCCACUACCCUCAGAAAACACAG